ACACAAUCCUUAUGACACAGUCUGCAAUUUCAGUUCAGGGAUGUCAGCAACGAUCAGCGUGGAAUGUCGCACUUUAAUUGGACUCUGGACACGGGCACCAACUACCACAUUCUGAGAACCGGCUGCUAUCCCUAUAUGAAGUACCACUGCAGCAGGCGCGAGGUGCAGGAUCUGUCGCUCGAAGACAAAUUCUUUCGUGUGCUGAAAGUGAUCAAUCUGGGCUUACCUAUGCUCUUCUAUGGACUGGCUGCCAUUCGCUUAAUUAGCCAUACAGAGAUCGUACAUGUCAGCGAGACGGUAAAGGUGCCAAUUUAUUUUCUGUAUGCCGAGGAUAAGGGGGCUCGAUUUUAAUUUUGAGGCGUUAAGGCAUCCAAAUGAGAGGGAAAUGUGAGACAUUUAACAACUUGGCUGCUUUGGGGGCAGCUGCAAACCGUUUACUCUAUAUUAUACAAAACAAACAAAACGAAACGAAAAAUACAAAUAAAAAUAAAAAUUUUAA